AGAUAUGAUUUGUCCUCAUUAUGUUGACAUGUAAAGAUGUAUGCAUUUUAUUACCAUAUAUGUCAUUAUUAGGCUGUUGAAAGUUCUUUAUUUCAGACUGCAUAUAAAAUACAUUUAAUUAUUUAUUGUUUUGUAUGGAGAAUGUUUUUUUUUUUUUUUUUUCAUGCUGGUUUGUUUUUAAUAGCAUAAAAUGUAACGGUUCGGUUUGUAUGGACAAAGUUGACAGUCGACGUUCAAAAUAGGCUUCCUGCUUUCCGUAGUUUGAGCCGACUACCUUGGCAAAAUGGCGUCCUCGGAUGUCAACGUCCGAAUAUGUGAACAAGAAAUACUGAAAUAUGACCUGGAAAUCAAAGCUCUCAUCCAGGACGUCACUGAGUGCUCAGGCCCUCAAAGCAAGCUGACCGAACUGAACGCAGACGUGAAAAAGAGUUUCCACAAUCUCAGGUUGCGGAUUCAGGAUUUUGAGCAGAUAGCUAUGGAGCAGGACAAAGAGUCAGACAAGCAAGCGCUGAUCAGUCAGGUAGAGGAACACAGGAAACAGAUGCUGAGUAACCAGACAGGUUGGAGGAAAGCCAACCUGGCCAGCAAACUGUCCAUAGAUGAUAUGGAAAAGCAGGCACUUCUUAAUGGAGCAGAUAGCGGUGUGAGGCAGAGGAAGAUGACCAAAGAGGGCCUGGCCCAGACCACCAGUGACAUUACAGAGAAUCUCAUGAGCAUCAGCCGGAUGAUGGCGCAGCAGGUUCAGCAGAGUGAGGAGACCAUGACGUCACUAGCAACCUCCUCGAGGACAAUCCAAGAGACCAAUGAGGAGUUUAAGACCAUGACGGGGACCAUCCAGCUCGGGAGGAAACUCAUCACCAAGUACAACCGCAGAGAGCUCACUGAUAAACUGCUCAUCUUCCUGGCGAUCGCCCUCUUCCUCGCCACAGUUCUCUACAUCCUCAAGAAGAGACUGUUCCCCUUCCUAUAGACCAGGUACCUUUCUGAGGAGCUCUCCCAUUACCACAUACUGUACUUUCCGUGGUCAGCGCCAAUGAUUUUAAACAACCCUGACUGCCGCGUGUCAUAUUACACACACACACCAGCGUCUGCUCGGUGGAAUGUGGACUGCUCACUCUGCUGAACUUUGAAAUAUUGUCAACAAAGGGUGAAGAUAAACCUCUAGUUCCGUGCGGUGUUUUUUUUUUUUUUUUUUAUUGAGAAGGUUUUGGUUCAACAUACAAAGGGAAUAAUUCAUUUUCGUGAGGGGUAAAAAAAACGUACGUGUUGGUGACACAAAAUGUGUCAGACAUCCAUCCUUGGUUGGUGUGACAGUGAUGCUGUGCAUUGCUUUUAAUGAAAUCAAUCGUGAGAGGAAUGGACGACGCAUAAUAAUCAUUUAUUUUUUACAUUCCUGUGGAAGAUAUCAGUACGGUUUUGUUUUAAUGGCCAUACUGUGUGUGUGUGUUUGUGUUUGCUAGUACUGAAAUUAAUUCUUAGACACCGAAAAUAUUCUCUUACCUUACUUCAGAUGUUGUCGUGACAGCUCAUAAUGUGCUGAAUGCAGUAUCAUCUCAUAAGAAGAAUGUCUAAGAAACAUAAUGCAAACAGAAUUUCAGUGGAAUCUGAUGAUCACAAAACAAAGUGCCGCUGUUCAUUUCAGUUGAACAAGCUUGUAUUGGCCUGCAUGUCAUUUAAGCAACGUUAUCGUAGUAUAUUACUAUUAAUCAACAGUACUGGUAAAUGUCACAAUAUUGAGGACGUAUAUUGUGGGAAAGAUAUUAGGAUAUAUUCCUAUAUAUUCCUUACUAACAGAUGUUUUAACCGAACCGUUUUUCAUCACCUGAUAUCAUUAACUGUGCAAAUGAUGUACAAGCACUAUGUUUAAUUGUUAUUUAUAAGGUUUAGUGUGAAGUAUAAUUUAUUAUAGCAUUAUGGUGACUUAAUGCUACUUAUUGCAAAUAGAAUAUUAAAAUAGCUUUUAACUUUGAAUACAAGCCCUUCUGCACCCGCUCAGUUUGUGUUUCACCAGCUGGAUAAUCAAUGCAGUGUUUCUACUUGUGUGCACUUCAUAUCGUCCAUAAUGUUUUAUUAAUUUAGUGCGCAAACAAAAAAGAAAAAAAAAUCAAAAAUCGAGUGUGCACACCUCCCUCCAUCUCCGCCCGCGUCAGCGUGGCUCUGGCCUGCAGCGGAGCAGAAGAGCUCAGAGGAGCAGCCGUGUUCAUCACGCUGGCAGAGAUAGAGCAGCAUGCAUCCCUGCCUUUCUUCAGAUAAGACCCGGAAAAGCAGAUUAUUCCGACCCGUUUCCCCUCUCCCUUUUCCAGUGUGGGUGGAGGG